AUGUCUGACUUUGCUACUCUGCUUAACGAAUAUACUAGAAGAGACAGUCCCAGGAUUCACGGGAUAUUAGCAAAGUGCUAUGAUAAAAAUGGCAAAGAAAUAUAUAGCAAGGUAUCAGGGUAUGAAUCACUGGAUCCCCGAGCUGCACCUCUGAAGGAGGACGCUGUGUUCAAGUACACGAGUGCCACAAAACUGAUCAGCAGCAUUGCUCUCCUCCAAUGCAUAGAUGAUGGUUUGAUUUGUAUCGACGAGCCUUUAGACAAGAUUGUGCCUGAGCUAGGUCGUCGCAUUAUCAAAGGUUUAUGCCCCCAGACGGGCGACCUUGUGAUCGAAGAGACGCAAAACCGAAUCACCCCAAGGCAUUUGCUUACCCACACAUCUGGGCUUGCAUAUUGGUUCCUUGAUCCGCUCUUGAUGCGCUGGAAACAGACCGCUCAAGGGUCUAGACUCUCGACGUCGUUGAUGGUGCACGAACGUUGCGACAAUCCGCUCGUUUUCGAGCCUGGUCAAGGCUGGUGCUAUGGUGUUGGUCUCGACUGGGCUGGAGUGAUCGUAAAGCGUCUACACGGUAUAUCGCUCGAGGAAUAUAUGAUUGAGCAUAUAUGGAAGCCAGUCGGAUUGUCUGCUCCCUUCCCAACAUUCUGCAUCUCCUCUUCAGCGGAAUACCAGACUCGCUUGAUGGCUGGUGCAGAGCGCGCGCCAGACGGUGGUUUGCGACCGUACAACUUCUGGCAAGGAGACAACGCAGUUGACCAGGACGGUGGUCAUGGGCUGAGCGGAACUGCUAGAGAUUGGUUGCUGGUGCUGGCGGACAUUGUGUCGGACUCACCCAAGCUCCUCAAACCCGAAACGGCCGCACUCAUGUUUGAGCCGCAGAUUGAGAAAAAUUCUCCGGCCAUGCCAAUGCUAAGACAAUUUCGUCCUGCAUGGGAGCUCAUUGCUGGACCAGUGCCAGACGAUGCAAUCAACCACGGACUUGGAGGAGUACUUGUUACUGAGGAAUUUGCAGCUUUGAAUCAACCAAGGAACUUACUUGGCUGGGGAGGGGCAGGAAACACGGUGUGGUUUGCCAGCAAGGAGAAAGGAGUGGCCGGUUUCUUCUCAACUCAGCUACAUCCAUUUUCCGACCCUGCUGUGAAGCAGCUGGUCAACGCCUGGAAGAAGGAUUUUUGGUCAUCAUUGCCAUAUUAG